AUGGAGCAGAGGCUAGCAAACAGCUGGCGAAUGUCUGUUAACGACAAGAAGUUCAUAGAGGAGGCUCUGCUCUCAGACAUCAGAAUCGAUGGCCGUGGCCCUUUUGAGUAUCGGCGCUUGACCAUUAAGUUCGGCAAGUGCGUGUUCUUCUUUCCAUGUUUCUCCGCCAUUCAUCUUGAUUUUCUAUCUCUACCCAGUGUCUGCUUAUCCUCCUGUACCUUGUGGAUGUUCUUCAUUCACUUACCAUGCACCAUGCCAGGGAAACAUUUUCCUAGAUAAAUCUGAGUCGUAACAAUUAUUGUAGAACAUGUUUGAAGCACCAACAUGAAGCUGAUUAAUACGUAGCUAGACUGCUUUAUCUCAUCUUGGCAUUGUAACUACGAUCGAUGCCCACUCAUGCGAAGCAAUCUUCUUGCACCUUCUGGUGGAUUGAUGGCGUAUGAUCCUCUCCUCUUGCAUCUUUGUUACUCUUGGAAACGACCUUUUGGACAUGGCCUUCAAUGAUUUGGGGAAGUGACUGCCGUUUUUUGAUGAUCAGCUGUUGGAACUAAGUACCAAACAUCAUGUAUAUCAACUUAUUCUAAUUCCUCAUGCAUAGCAUUCAUCCAAUCAACAUCAUUAAGUGCAUCAUCUAUGUUCUUAGGUUCAAUUUGCAAAGUAAAUGCCAUAUAAAUAUUUUUCUUGAGAGCUGAUCUAAUGGUUAAAUAUAUACUGCUAAUUGAGAACUUUUGUGGGUCCCCAACCGAGAAUUUCCCAAGGUAGAGUAGAUAAAAGUAGUAGAAGCAAAGUUAUCUUAUGGUCGUCGUGGAUAUGAACAUCUAUAUAUAUAUAUAUAUAGAUUUUUAUUUAUCCUUUCGCUAUGGAUACUUGGUGGGCUUUUCUGGUGAUGAGCAAUUGCAUAAGAAUGUGUUCUUCCGAUGUGAUUCACAGGGAGGAUGGUCAAUCAGAGGUUCAGCUCGGUCACACUCAUGUCAUGGCCUAUGUGACCUCGCAGCUGGUCCAACCAUAUCGAGAUCGGCCUAAUGAAGGGACGCUGUCCAUAUUUACAGAGUUGUCACCCAUGGCUGAUCCAUCAUUCGAAGUUGGUCGUCCUGGAGAACUCGCCAUUGAGCUUGGACGCGUCAUAGAUCGUGGUCUGAGGUAAGUAUCAUUAUGUGAUUCAUGUAGAUCGUAUAAAUACCAACCAGGCAGGUUAAUAUGGGAAAAUCAUCCCCGGAUUAGAAGGAAAGACGUGGAUCCUAAGCCAUCCUGUGUUGCAAACUCUGAGAAAAUGUGUUACAGGGAAAGCAGAGCGGUGGACAUGGAAUCCCUUUGUGUGGUCGCUGGGAGAUUUGUAUGGGCUGUUCGGGUGGACCUUCACAUCGUUGACAACGGAGGGUAGGUUGAAAAACAGGGUUAAACAAUAGUGGGUGUUCUUGACUAGCUGAUCCGAAUUGCUACUGUUUCAGGAAUCUCAUUGACGCUGCAAACAUAGCCGCAUUAGCUGCCCUGUUGACUUUUAGAAGGCCUGAAUGCACCAUAGGAGGAGAAGAUGGUCAAGAGAUCACCAUACACCCACCAGAGGUUCUGUUUGCCUCGGAAGAUGCUGUCCUGAGAUUAUUCUCUUCUUUUUUUUUCUUUUUUUCUUUUUGUUUGCCCACCUCAAUCUGACCUCUUUUCUCAUUAUUCAUAUUAAUAGGUCAGAGAGCCUCUUGGUCUGAUCAUCCAUCAUCUUCCCGUGGCAGUGACUUUUGGAAUAUUCGGUGAAGAUAAAAGUUUGGUAUUAGUAUCAUUAGUUCUGCAUAUCUCUAUCGAUUUGUGGAGUUCUGGGGCUUCACUUCCGAUGUUCUUUCUCUGUUCUGACAGUGUUAGGUGGGGGGGGGGGGCUCCGUGCAGGUGGUAGACCCGACUCACCAUGAAGAAGCCGUCAUGGGGGGGAGAAUGACCACCACGGUGAACUCCAAUGGCGAUGUGUGUGCCAUCCAAAAGGCAGGCGGCGAGGGCGUCAUGCCGAGUGAGAUCAUGCGGUGCUUGCGCGUUGCCUCCGUCAAAGCUGCUGAAAUCACGCAAACCAUUAAGGAGUCUGUGAGCACAUCUCCGAUAUCUCCCUCUUUCUGUGGGUUUCCCCUUUUGCAACCAAUAUUGCGGAAGACUAGGACAUUGGAAUGGCUUUUGAUCUUGCUCACGAUGCGGGCUUUCAUUCUUUUUUCUUUCCAACAAGCAUCGAUAUUUUCUGUCACUCGCUCUUUCAUUUCCUGAAGUUUUCAUGGGCUGAUUGGAAGAAAAGUACCAAGAAUAGGAAUACUUAUUGGUUGGAAAAGCCACUCCAGGAGUAGUUUUGUCAAGCUACUGAAGAACUGCUUACGUAUCAGCUCAUUCAUGCCAGAAAAAUGGCACUCAUUGAGCAGAUUUUAUUUUUUUUUGCUACCCAUUUGUUUCUUAAUCACAAGCUUGUGCAGAUGGAGGUGUACAAUGAGUUUUAACAGAUUUUAUUUUAUUUUAUUUUAUUUUAAAAAAAUGGCACUGAUUGAGCAGAUUUGUUUAGGGUUUUUUUUUUUGGCUACCCAUUUGUUUCUUAAUCACAAGCUUGUGCAGGUGGAUACGUACAAUGAGUUUGAACAGAUUUUAUUUUAUUUUAUUUUAAAAAAAUGGCACUCAUUGAGCAGAUUUGUUUCGAUUUUUUUUGUUUUUUGCUACCCAUUUGUUGGUUAAUCACAAGCUCGUGCAGGUGGAUGUGUACAAUGAGAACAGAUCAUUGAGGCAUAUCAAAAGACACCUGAAAUCAGCUCCAGUGGAGGUUCGUGUGCCUGAGCGUGGAACAGAGGGCAAUGAGACUGGUGGUGUUGCCACUGAUUUCUCCAAACUGAGUAGUUCAGAAGCAGGAGGUGAAGAUGCUAAACCUCCAAAGUGGUAUGCAAUUCUUUUCCCGAUUUAGUAAAUUUUACUUAGUGGAUGCAUCUGGUUUCUUAAUUAUUUUCUUUUUAUGAUCUUAUUUUCAGGGAUCCCCCAUCUAUGGGCUCGUCCUUGGAUUCUAUUGGGAGUCCUGCAGCCUUGCCUGGUAUGAUAUCUUACCAAUAAGUUGCUGUAUGAAGAUCUCCAUGCUCUUUGCAGAUUCUAUUAGCAUGGAUUUGUUUUUUUUUUAUUCCAUUUAUGGAAAUGUUGUUACUCAUUCUAGAACAGCAUCCCAUUUAUAGGAAUAGAUAAAACCUUUUGUGUAUAUUGAUGGAUUUGUUUUUUUAUUCCAUUUAUGGAAAUUUUGUUAUUCAUUCUAGAACAGCAUCCCAUUUAUAGGAAUAGAUAAAACCUUUUGUAUAUAUUGAUGGGCAUAGCAUUUAUUUUGCUUACUGUUCACAUCCUGGGGCCCACAGGAUCGCCGAUGGUGACCAAGGGAGAAGAAGCUCCCUCUGGCGAUGCUGUCGAGUCAACUGAAGAUCCAGAAGUCAAACCUCUGACCCUCAAAACUCCUAGCUUGAAGCAGGAAACUCAGAGCCCACCGAGGACUCUGAGGGACGCUGUGAAGGCCAAGCAGAAGAAGAAGAAGAAGAAGUAG